UUGUUUCAUUCUAGGGAUUUCACUGAGGUGCGUCUUGAUCCUUAGAUCCCAGAGGGCUAGCAUCGAUUUCCAUCAGCGGCCAUGGCGGAGGGGAUCUAGAUCGGCGCUCAAGUCCGAUUUCCAGGGAUGGAUGCAAAUGCUGCUCCAUUCUCCAGAGAGCUCGAGAAUGCGUCGGAUUUCACGGCCAUUUCAAGCAAUGGAUUGGUCUCAAUCUGUGGCUUUGGUUCCCUUCUUUCUGAAAAGAGUGCUCGCUCCACGUUUCCCAGGCUUCUCAAUUUCCGACCUGGAGUCGUCAAAAACUUUCGACGGAUCUUUGCGCACAUCGCUCCAAUAUUUCUGGAACGCGGCAUCGCGAAUGUUGAAACAAAGGAAAUGUCGAGCUUGAGCGUGGAGCCAUGCAUUGGGGAGUCCAUAGUCGUCACUGUCUUCGAAAUCUCUCUGCUUGAGGUUCCGGCUUUCAUACAGCGGGAACACGAGUUUCGGUUUCUCGAAGUGGCCGUUGUCAACUCUUCUGAAGAAAAUGCGAUUCAUCUCUGUAAGGCUGUGAUUUGUGCCAAGUACAGCGACGAGGAAUACUUGUCCAUUCGCUGCCAAGGAAACAAGGACGUCUUCUACGAACGCUAUGGAAAGCAUGGAAUCCAGCAGAUAUGGCGUGAUGACAUACUCCCUUGCCGACUCUAUCUUCGUCAUUGUGUUCUAGCAGCGAAAAAUCUUGGGCAGGAUGCAUUCGAAAGCUUCUUAGACCACACUUACCUCGGGGACCGAAGAACAAGAAUACGAGAGUACUUGGACGCUCAUCCGGAUAUAAUGAAAGAACAGCCUCCGGAACAUCUCCGUGAUCGUUAUGGAGGCUAGGCUAUCAGCAUUUUGUACAAAGCGAUGGACAUGAUCGGGUCCUUUUCUCUGGACUAACGUGAAGAUCACAGGCCAUGCGCAAAAGACCAUAAGAAUGGAAGAUUUCGAGCUUACCUGAAGAACUAUUAACGUAUCCUAUAAUUCACCGAUUUCAUCCA